GUAUUUAAUGUUUGUAUUUGUUUCUAACGUGUGAACGAGAGAAGCAGCUUCAGCUAAACUUCAGCUAAACUUCAGCUAACAUGCUAACAGAGCGAAACACAGACGCCAACGAUGAGGACGUGUCGCUUUUCGAUGCAGAGGAGGACGCAGGGAAAAGGUCAAAGAAGUCGAAUAUCAAGCAUCCGGUGGCGUCGUUCUUCCACCUUUUCUUCAGAGUGAGCGCCGCCAUCAUCUACCUGCUCUGUGAGCAUCUCAGUAGUAGUUUCAUCGCCUGCAUGGUGUCGAUCAUCCUGAUGCUGUCAUGUGACUUCUGGACAGUAAAGAACAUCACAGGGAGGCUGAUGGUUGGUCUCAGGUGGUGGAACCAGGUCGACGAUGAUGGGCGGAGCCACUGGGUGUUUGAGUCAAGGAAGGGUUCUGGGAAACAACAAGCGUCAGAUUCUGAGUCUCGGAUCUUCUGGCUCGGGCUGAUUGUUUGUCCCGUCCUCUGGGUCAUCUUCUCCUUCUUCACCAUCUUUUCUUUCAGUAUUAAAUGGCUGCCUGUAGUGAUCAUGGGUGUCGUGUUGCAAGGGGCCAACCUCUACGGAUAUGUGCGAUGUAAAGUCGGAGGAAAGACCAACUUAAAGAACAUGGCGACCAAUUAUUUUGGACGACAGUUCCUCAAACAGGCGCUGUCAAAAGAAGAGGAAUCGUAGAGUAGAACUCUGCGAUUUUAACAUGUUUGCAUUAUUCUUAAUGCUGUGAUGUAUAUUCAUUUUGCAACUUGAACUGAAAAUAACAGACUGAGUUUUUCUUUUUCUCUUUUCAAUAUAAUAAUAAUGAUGGUAAUAAUAUAGUUUGACUCAAUCGGUCCCAGCAGAGAGAGUUUCCAUAGAGAGGUUAGAGGUCAGGUCGCUGUUUUCCUUCAGCAAUAAUCCCUCAUAGACUUCCACUGAUAUUUAAGUGUAAAUGCAUGAAAAGGAAAAAGUGCUUUAAAUGUUAAACUGUAGUUUGAUGUGUCAUUUUGUGUCACAGAUAUUUAGUUUGUUUUCACUACAUCUCAACUUUAAUCUUUAUAACACAAGUAAAAAAUAUAGUUUUUGAGAGGUUCUGUACAAACUUUAUUUGUUUGUAUAACGGACAUGGUUGUAAAGUAUCAGUGUAAAAUGUUCCAGGACAUUUGUAAACAUGAAUGUAAAGAAAAUAUGAGAAACAUCUUCUUUUGUGCAAAUACAUUUUUAACAUUUUCCCAA